AUGGCGGCCCCGCUGCUCGCACCUCCAGGCCCCGACAGCUUUAAAAAGUUCACUCAAGAGAGUCUCGAUAACAUUGAUAAGCGCAUCCAGGAAGAGAAGAAGAAGAAGCCCGUCAAGCCGCGCUCCGACAGCAGCCACCGCGAUGACUCGGAGGAGAACGGGCCCAAGCCCAACAGUGACUUGGAGGCUGGCAAGAGCGUACCCUUCAUCUAUGGGGACGUGCCCAGCGAAAUGAUAGCCACACCGCUGGAGGACCUCGAUCCCUACUACCUGACCACCAAAACAUUUAUAGUGCUAAACAAAGGAAAAACUAUCUUCAGGUUCAGCGCAACGCCGUCAUUGUAUAUCUUUAGUCCAUUCAGUCUAUUCAGACGAAUAGCGAUAAAAAUAUUGAUUCACUCAUUAUUCAGUAUGAUCAUCAUGUGCACUAUUUUGACAAACUGCGUGUUCAUGACCUUCAGCAAUCCACCCGAUUGGUCCAAACAAGUGGAGUAUGUCUUCACGGGAAUUUACACGUUUGAGUCACUGACGAAGAUUGUCUCCAGAGGGUUCGCCAUCGACGGCUUUACCUUUCUGCGAGACGCAUGGAACUGGUUGGACUUCAUGGUCAUCUCUAUGGCAUAUGUAACAGAGUUUGUGGACCUCGGAAAUGUAUCCGCGCUGAGAACCUUCAGAGUUCUGCGAGCUCUGAAAACUAUUUCUGUCAUUCCAGGUCUGAAGACCAUUGUGGGUGCUCUGAUCCAGUCAGUGAAGAAGCUGUCGGAUGUGAUGAUCCUGACCGUCUUCUGCCUGAGCGUCUUCGCUCUGAUUGGCUUACAGCUCUUCAUGGGCAACCUACGGCACAAGUGUGUGUUCUGGCCAAUCAACAUGAACGACACCUGGCUGUCCAAUGGCAGCCGCGGGUUCGAUUGGGACGAGUACAUCAUGAACGACACGAACUUCUACUUCCUGCCAGACCAGCUUGAUGCUCUGCUGUGUGGCAACAGCUCCGACUCGGGGCGGUGUCCAGAGGGCUACACGUGCAUGAAGGCUGGAAGGAACCCCAACUACGGCUACACCAGCUUCGACUCCUUCGGAUGGGCCUUCCUCGCCCUCUUCCGACUGAUGACCCAGGACUUCUGGGAGAAUCUUUACAUGCUUACUCUUCGUGCGGCAGGUAAAACCUACAUGAUCUUCUUCGUGCUGGUGAUCUUCGUGGGCUCGUUCUACCUGGUGAACUUGAUCCUGGCUGUGGUGGCCAUGGCCUAUGAGGAACAGAACCAGGCCACCAUCGAGGAGGCGGAGCAGAAGGAGGCCGAGUUCAAGGCCAUGCUGGAGCAGCUGAAGAAACAGCAGGAGGACGCACAGGCUGCUAACAUGGCGACGUCAGCAGGCACAGUGUCGGAGGACGCGGUGUUGGAUGGGGGUGGGGAGCGCCUGUCGCGAUCGUCCUCUGAGGCCUCCAAGCUUAGCUCCAAGAGCGCUAAGGAGAGGCGCAACCACAAGAAGAAAUGGCGGCAGAAAGAGCAGGAGAAGGAAAAGGGCGACAGCGAAAAGGUGGUCAAGUCCGAGUCCGACGAUGGCAGCAAGCGUGGCCGCUUCCGCUUCCCGGACAACAACCGGCUAGGACGCAAAACCUCCAUUGUGAACCAGUCUCUGCUCAGCAUCCCCGGCUCGCCCUUCAUGUCACGUGUCAACAGCCGCAGCAGCAUCUUCAGCUUUAAGGGCCGCGGCGGCGGGAAGGACGCGGGCUCGGACGCAGACGACGAGCACAGCACGGUGGAGGAGAGCGAGGAGCGCCGCGGCUCCCUCUUCAUCCCCUACCACCGCAACAGCUGCAGUGGCUACAGCCAGGGCUCCUCCUGCCUCAACCCUCUGGCGUCCACCGGCGGUGGCGGCGGCAAGCGCAACAGCACCGUGGACUGCAACGGCGUGGUGUCCCUGAUCGGGCCUGUGCGGGGUCCCGGGCGGCUCUUGCCAGAGACGACGGAGGUGGACUGUAAGCGGAAACUGUCGGGCUCCCUCAUGGUGUCCGUGGACCAGCUGAAUAUGUCCUUCAGCAAGAAAGACAGAGCGAACAGCGCCAUGACUGUAGUCACUAACACCCUCGUAGACGAGCUGACAGACUCCCAGAGGAAGUGUCCGGCAUGGUGGUACAAGUUCGCCAACAUCUUCCUGAUCUGGGACUGCUUCCCGUUGUGGGUGCAGUUGAAGGAGAUAAUGUUCAUCAUCGUGAUGGACCCGUUUGUGGACCUGGCCAUCACCAUCUGCAUCGUGCUCAACACUGUCUUCAUGGCCAUGGAGCACUACCCCAUGACGCCGCAGUUUGAGCACGUGCUCUCCGUUGGAAACCUGGUCUUCACUGGAAUCUUCACAACUGAGAUGUUUGCCAAGAUUAUCGCAAUGCACCCCUACUACUACUUCCAGGAGGGCUGGAACAUCUUUGACGGCUUCAUCGUCACACUGUCUCUGGUGGAGCUGGGGCUGGCGGAUGUGGAGGGCCUCUCGGUGUUGAGAUCCUUCAGAUUGUUGAGAGUGUUUAAGCUGGCCAAGUCGUGGCCGACCCUGAACAUGCUGAUCAAGAUCAUCGGUAACUCGGUCGGCGCUCUGGGUAACCUGACCCUCGUAUUGGCUAUCAUCGUCUUCAUCUUUGCCGUGGUGGGCAUGCAGCUAUUUGGCAAGAGCUACAAGGACUGCGUCUGCAAGAUUGCCCAAGACUGUGAACUACCGCGCUGGCACAUGAACGACUUCUUCCACUCCUUCCUCAUUGUGUUCCGCGUGCUGUGCGGCGAGUGGAUUGAGACCAUGUGGGAUUGCAUGGAGGUGGCGGGACAGAGCAUGUGCCUCAUCGUGUUCAUGAUGGUCAUGGUCAUAGGCAACUUGGUGGUGUUGAAUCUUUUCCUUGCCUUGCUGCUGAGCUCUUUCAGCGCGGACAACCUGGCUGCUACCGAUGAUGACGGCGAGAUGAACAACUUGCAGAUCUCCGCGAUUCGCAUCAAGAAGGGCAUCGCCUGGUUCAAGAUACACAUGCGUGUCUUCAUAGACCAGGUGUUGAAGAAGAAGCCGGGCGAGGAGGACGAUGUGAAGCCGCUCGAUGAGUUGGAUGAAAAGGUGAGGAGGGGCUGCAUUAUGGGCAACCAUAUGGGUGCAGACAUCGGGCGUGGUGACAUGCUGGAUUACCAGAAGAAUGGCAACGGUACCACCAGUGGCAUCGGCAGCAGCGUCGGCAAGUACAUGAUCGACGAGGACCGCAUGUCAUUCAUCCACAACCCCAACCUCACCGUACGCGUUCCCAUUGCCGUGGGAGAGUCCGACUUCGAAAACCUCAACACCGAGGACUUCAGCAGCGAGUCGGAAGCUGAGAACAGCAAAGAUGCACUCCCUUUGGAUGACACUAGUUCGUCAGAGGGGAGCACUAUAGACAUCAAGCCCGAUGAUGAUGAGAUGGCGGUUGUUGAGGUGGUGGAGGAGUAUGUGGACCCAGAUCGCUGCUGGACAGAUGGUUGUAUUGCACGCUACCCGUGGUGUGACACGUCCAUCACGGAGGGUUGGGGGAAGUACUGGUGGUACCUGAGGAAGACGUGCUACCUCAUUGUGGAGCACAACUGGUUUGAGACCCUCAUCAUCUUCAUGAUCCUGCUCAGUAGUGGAGCCCUGGCCUUUGAGGACGUGUACAUUGAGCAACGUAAGACCAUUCAGAUCAUCCUGGAGUAUGCUGACCGCGUCUUUACUUACAUCUUCAUCCUUGAGAUGCUGCUCAAGUGGGUCGCUUACGGCUUCCAGAAGUAUUUCACCAACGCUUGGUGCUGGCUCGACUUCUUCAUUGUCGAUGUGUCAAUAGUCAGCCUUAUAGCUAACGCUCUUGGCUACUCUGACCUGGGCCCCAUUAAGUCCCUGAGGACUUUGCGAGCCCUUAGGCCCCUGAGGGCCCUGUCGCGAUUUGAGGGCAUGAGGGUGGUGGUGAACGCCCUGGUGGGUGCCAUCCCCUCCAUCAUGAACGUGCUGCUGGUGUGCCUGAUCUUCUGGCUCAUCUUCAGUAUCAUGGGCGUCAACCUGUUUGCGGGGAAGUACUACUACUGCUUCAACGAGACGGCCAAAGAGUACUUCAACCCGGAGGACGUCAACAACCGCACGCAGUGUUUUGCACUCAUAGAGUCCAACCACACGGAGGUGCGCUGGAAAAACGUCAAAAUCAACUUCGACAACGUGGGCGCAGGCUACCUGGCUCUUUUGCAAGUGGCCACAUUCAAAGGAUGGAUGGACAUCAUGUAUGCUGCAGUGGAUUCAAGAAAGGUUGAGGACCAGCCCAUGUACGAGGACAAUAUCUACAUGUACAUGUACUUUGUCAUUUUUAUCAUCUUCGGGUCCUUCUUCACACUGAACCUCUUCAUCGGUGUCAUCAUUGACAACUUCAACCAGCAGAAGAAAAAGUUUGGAGGUCAGGAUAUCUUCAUGACAGAGGAACAGAAGAAAUAUUACAACGCCAUGAAAAAGCUGGGCUCUAAAAAGCCCCAAAAGCCCAUUCCUCGACCACAGAACAACAUCCAGGGGAAAGUGUUUGACUUUGUGACGCAGCAGGUCUUCGACAUCUCCAUCAUGAUCCUGAUCUGCCUGAACAUGGUGACCAUGAUGGUGGAGACGGACGACCAGAGCGAUGAGACGGAGAACAUCCUCUACUGGGUCAACUUCGUCUUCAUUGUGGUCUUCACCUCCGAGUUCGUGCUGAAGCUGUUCGCUCUGAGGCACUACUACUUCACCAAUGGAUGGAACGUCUUUGACUCUGUCGUUGUCAUCCUCUCCAUCGUGGGUAUGUUCCUGGCGGAUCUCAUUGAGAAGUACUUUGUGUCGCCCACACUGUUCCGUGUGAUCCGAUUGGCCCGUAUCGGCCGCAUCCUGCGUCUGAUCAAAGGGGCCAAGGGCAUCCGGACGCUGCUGUUCGCCCUGAUGAUGUCGCUCCCCGCCCUGUUCAACAUCGGCCUCCUCCUCUUCCUCGUCAUGUUCAUCUUCUCCAUCUUCGGCAUGUCCAACUUCGCCUACGUCAAGCGGGAGAUCGGCAUCGACGACAUGUACAACUUCGAGACCUUCGGCAACUCCAUGAUCAUCCUCUUCAUGAUCACCACGUCGGCCGGGUGGGACGGCCUGCUGGCGCCGAUCCUCAACUACCCGCCCGACUGCAACCCCGAGCUGGAGAACCCCGGCACCACGGUGAAGGGCAACUGUGGCAACCCGUCGGUGGGCAUCUUCUUCUUCGUCAUGUACAUCAUCGUGUCCUUCCUGAUUGUGGUCAACAUGUACAUCGCCAUCAUCCUGGAGAACUUCAGCGUGGCCACGGAGGAGAGCGCCGACCCGCUGUGCGAGGACGACUUCGAGUCCUUCUACGAGAUCUGGGAGAAGUUCGACCCGGACGCCUCGCAGUUCAUCACCUUCGCCAAGCUGCCCGACUUCGCCGACACGCUGGAGCACCCGCUGCGCGUGCCCAAGCCCAACAUCAUCGAGCUGAUCGCCAUGGACAUGCCCAUGGUCAGCGGCGACCGCAUACACUGCCUGGACAUCCUCUUCGCCUUCACCAAGCGCGUGCUGGGCGACAGCGGCGACCUGGACAUGAUGCGCCAGCAGAUGGAGGAGCGCUUCGUGGCGGCCAACCCCUCCAAGGUGUCGUACGAGCCCAUCACCACCACGCUGCGCCGCAAGCAGGAGGAGGUGUCGGUGGUGGUGAUCCAGCGCGCCUACCGCUCCCACCUGGCGCGCACCGGCUUCACCUACAAGCGCCGGAAGGCCAACAACAAGCUGGAGAACGGCGGAACAAAUAAUCAGGAGAAGAAGGAGAACACGCCCUCCACCGCCUCCUUGCCGUCCUACGACAGCGUGACCAAGCCCGAGAAGGACAAGAAGGACGAGAAGGACGACGGCAAGGGCGGACGCAAGGACAACAAGGGCCGGAACCAAAAAGAAGUCAGGGAAUCCAAGUGUUAAGGCUGCCACGCACGGCUCCCUGAGACC